AUGGAAAGAAAACGGCUGAAGAAAGAGAUUGGAAAACUCCUGGCAGAUUAUGUUGGCAUCAGACUACGAGAAAAUGAAUUUGAUCCAAGAGGACACAGGCAGCCCACCUUUCUAGAUGACAUGGUCCAUUACAACGUAGCCUUCAAUGUUGCUUUGCUGUGGCUAAGUGACUUGGAUGGUCAGACUGCACUGACAAGGGAGAAAAUGCUAAUAAUCUUCUUGUUCAAAACACCAUACAGGAAUUUUGCAGCUAGCAACCGAUACCUGUAUCCCAACCGAAUUGAGAGAAAAGCUAUGAUAUUAUCUUCAUAUGCUGGAAUAUUAAUGAACAGCAUUCCUAUUGAAGAAAUCUUUGAGAUUUACAGCAUGAGGCCCCCAGCAGCACACUGGCAGAGCUCUGUAAAUGGCCACUGGAUUCGACCUUUCAAGCUCUCCCUGCAUCCAUUUGCCAUGCUGACUGCCUCUGAAGCUGCAGAGUAUUCCUGGAAGCAAAGCAUCAAGUACCAGACAGCAGCAGCAUAUCAAAAGAUCAACCCUUGUUCAGCAAGGACAGCUAAAAAGGACAGCAAGCAACUGGACUCACUGACCAGAGGAAAGCAACAGGUUGACAAAGUAGAUCUGAAGAAUUCGCACAAGCCAGUAAAACUGCUUUUGCAACACUACCACUGA